AUGAGUAUCGUUGUGCAAGUAUUGGUGUUGGGUAUGACUCAUAAUUGUUUUCAGAAGUUUCAUACAUCGGUGAAAAUUUUUGGAAAUGAAUUCGCAAAACCUCCCAAGAGGGUAAUUAGUGAUUUUUUAAGGCUUCAGGCUUCAGGUAUGAGUCAUCAUGGCUUCCAGAAGUUUAUUUUUUUAAUGAAAUCUCUGAAAUAUCAGCAAAUAAAUUCAAGUAGCUCUUCAAUCACUGAAAUGAUUGACUAA